AUGCAACUCAAAAGCACCUUUGCUUACAUUAUACUUUGGACAAUGAUAGCUGCGCCUGCAAUGUCAAAUCAUAUCUUCCUGAAGAGAUCAGAUCUGACCUCUGUUCCUACCAUUACGCCGGGCAAUGGUGGUAGCAAUGUUCCUUCGCCGCGAAUCGUAGAAGGCAUUGAUCUUGGUCGUGGACGUGGGACGAAUCCUUUUAAUGACCGUCAAAGACAUCAUGUCCAUCCAGAAUUGCCUUCCAGCCAUCCGAUCAGACCUCCAGAUUAUUCUUCGGUACGAUAUGAAGAAGAAAAACCGGGAAAGUUGGAGCGUUUGACGGGAAAAAAGAGAAAGCGAGAAGGUGAUCCUGAAGGAGGAGCAGCGAAUGAUCAUGAAGCAGAACCUAGUGAUACGAAGGAAGAAAAACCAGAAAAGGUAGAAGAUCAACCACGAAAGAGGUAUAGAUAUCGACACAAAAGUGGCGAAACCCGAAAAAAGGAAAACGAAGGGAUGGGUAAGGCUUUAGCUGCUGCAGGUGCUGCUGUAACAAAAAAAGCAGGAGAUAUUUAUCGUGCUGGGCAAAGGACCGUUAGAGGUAUUAGGAGCGGAUGUGAUGCUGCUUGUCAACGUGCUCAAAGAGUAGCCUCACGCUUGCGCAAUCGAUUGACAGCCCAUCAAGAACUCGACAAGGCACGGCAUACCAACCUCGAUGGUUAAGAAAGGCUAAUUAAGUAGCUUCGUUCUCCUUGUUUCUAUUGCAUAAUAUACAUCAU